CCUACAGUCCUACACAGUAUUAGCGGUGGUUGGGUAGAGUAGAGAGGGAAAGAAAGAAAAGGGGAGGCGGAGACACGGCCACGACAGAGACAUCAUCACCAUGGCACCACUCGGACUUAAAGCCAUUGUGGGAGAAAAGAUUAUGAAUGAUGUCAUCAAGAAGGUGCACAAGAAGGGCGAAUGGAAGGUUCUGGUAGUAGACAAGCUAAGCAUGAGGAUGAUGUCAUCCUGCUGUAAGAUGACAGAUAUCAUGUCAGAUGGCAUCACCAUUGUUGAAGACAUUGGCAAGAAGCGAGAGCCUCUCCCCAGUAUGGAGGCCAUCUACCUAAUAACUCCCAAUGAUGAGACUGUGGAGGCACUCAUAGAUGACUUCAGAGACCCGCGGUCGCCCAGAUACAGAGGAGCUCACGUCUUCUUCACUGACACAAUCCCAGAUACAUUGUUCAAUCUGUUGACAAAAUCCCGUGCUUCCAAAGCCAUGAAGACCUUGACUGAGAUCCACAUCGCCUUUCUGCCCUAUGAGUCACAGGUGUUUUCCCUGGACAAGACAGAUGCCUUCCAGGACUUCUACAGCCCCUACAAGGCUGACAUCAAGCACAACAUGUUGGCGCGUUGUGCUGAGCAGAUCGCCACUCUCUGCAACACCCUGAAGGAAUACCCUGGCAUCAGAUACAGAGGGGAGUACAAAGACUGUGCCACUCUGGCUCAGCUCCUGCAGGACAAGCUAGACGGCUACAAGGCAGACGACCCCACCAUGGGAGAGGGUCCGGACAAAUCUCGCUCUCAACUCCUGAUUCUGGACCGAGGCUUUGACCCAGUCUCUCCCAUCCUCCAUGAACUCACCCUCCAAGCCAUGGGCUAUGACCUGCUGGGCAUCGAGAACGACGUCUACAAGUAUGACACCAGUGGGAUGGGGGAGGUCAAGGAGAAGGCGGUGUUGCUGGAUGAGGAUGAUGACCUGUGGAUGAGUCUCAGACACAAGCAUAUUGCCGAAGUCACCACGGCUGUGACCCGCUCCCUCAAAGAAUUCUCAGCCACCAAAAAGAUGAACACAGGAGAGAAGACCACAAUGAAAGACUUGUCUCAGAUGCUGAAGAAGAUGCCGCAGUAUCAGAAAGAGCUAAGCAAGUACUCUACCCACCUCCACCUGGCUGAAGACUGUAUGAACCGAUAUCAGGGCACGGUGGACAAGCUGUGUCGUGUUGAGCAGGAUCUAGCGAUGGGUACAGAUGCAGAGGGGGAGAAGAUCAAGGACCCCAUGAGGGCCAUCGUACCCGUCCUGCUGGAUAAAGAUGUCACUGUCUUCGACAAGAUCCGCAUAAUCCUGCUGUACAUCUUCAUGAAGAACGGUGUUUCGGAGGAGAACCUCUGUAAGCUCCUCCAGCAUGCCAACAUCCCUCCUGAGGACAGUGACAUCAUCGCCAACAUGGCCCAUAUGGGCAUGCCCAUCAUCUUAGAGGGGAACCCGACCCGCAAAGUGAAAAAGACUGACCGGAAGGAGCGAGUGAGUGAGCAGACCUACCAGCUCUCCCGAUGGACCCCUCUCAUCAAGGACAUCAUGGAGGAUGCCAUUGAGGACAAACUGGAUCCAAAGCAGUACCCCUACAUCUCCCAACGCACUGCAUCCACUCACAGCAGCGCUCCAUCAAGUGCCCGGUACGGUAACUGGCAUAAGAACAAGGGCCCCACAGAGAUGAAGACAGGUCCCCGAGUCAUCAUCUUCAUCAUCGGAGGCAUGACCUUCAGCGAGAUGCGCUGCGUCUACGAGGUCACACAAGCCAAUGGAAAAUGGGAAGCAAUCAUUGGUUCCACCCACACACUCACUCCCACCAAAUACCUAAAGGAGCUGCAGCACCCGGACUUCCUGGACCCCAACGCUGCCCCUGAGGAACCAGAGCCUGCCCCUGCAGAAUGAGAACACACACUGAGAAGAUCAACCAAUAUCUUCACCCCUACACGCCUUCUUCAAGCCCUCAAAGACAUGGAUAAGCAACAAGAUGUUUGAGCUGAACAGCUCCCUGGCUGCAGUUGUCCCUCUCCUAACCUCCAAACUCUCCCAACUGGCAUACAUGAAUAGUCAGGACCCAAGACAUAACAAGCCCUUCUACUCUAUACAUAAGACUGAAGAAAACAAAUGGCAGCAUCUAUUUCUAGCAUAUCCAAGUCAUGUAUUCAGAUAUCAUGUUUCAAUAGAAUUACAUAAGAUCC